AUGUUGCGGGAGAACAUCUGCUCUCUUCACGAUGAGGUGAUGAAGAUUUUCUGCCGUACUGAUCAGCAGUGUAUCUGUUAUCUCUGCUUAAUGGAUGAACACAAAGGCCACGACACAGUCUCAGCUGCAGCAGAAAGGACCGAGAGGCAGAGAGAGCUGGAGGGGAGUCGACUAAACAUCCAGCAGAGAAUCCAGGACAGAGAGAAAGAUGUGAAGCUGCUCCAUCAGGAGGUGGAGGCCAUCAAUCUCUCUGCUGAUAAAACAGUGGAGAUCAGUGAGAAGAUCUUCACUGAGCUGAUCCGUCUCUUUGAGAAAAGAAGCUCUGAUGUGACGCAGCAGGUCAGAUCCCAGCAGAGAACUGAAGUGAGUCGAGUCAAAGAGCUUCAGGAGAAGCUGGAGCAGGAGAUCACUGAGCUGAAGAGGAACGACGCUGAGCUGCAGAAGCUCUCACACACAGAGGAUCUCAACCAGUUUCUCCACAACUACCCCUCACUGUCACCACUCAGUGAGUCUACAGACUCAUCCAGCAUCAACAUCCGUCCUCUGAGCUACUUUGAGGACGUUACAGCGGCUGUUUCAGAAAUCAGAGAUAAACUACUGGACGUCCUGAGAGAGAAAUGGACAAACGUCUCACUGACGGUGACUGAAGUGGAUGUUUUACCGUCACUAUCAGAGCCCAAGACCAGAGCUGGAUUCUUAAAGUAUUCACGGAAACUCACACUGGAUCCAAACACAGCACACAGACAGCUGUUAUUAUCUAAUCGGAACAGAAGAGCUACAUUAAUGAGUGAACAACAGUCUUAUUCUAGUCAUCCAGAAAGAUUCACUGAAUGCUUACAGGUCCUGAGUAGAGAGAGUCUGACUGGACGUUGUUACUGGGAGGUGGAGUGGUAUGGAAAGGAAGGUUAUAUAGCAGUUGCAUACAAGGAUAUCAGCAGAAAAGGGGACAGUCGCGAAUGUGAGUUCGGAGGAAAUGACAAAUCGUGGGUGUUGUUUUGUCGCCGAGAUUAUAGUUUGGAGUUUUUGAACUACAAAUCCCACAUUUACUUGUCUCCUCCUCAGUCCUCCAGAAUAGGAGUGUACCUGGAUCACAGAUCAGGUAUUCUGUCCUUCUACAGCGUCUCUGAAACCAUGACUCUCCUCCACAGAGUCCAGACCACAUUCACUCAGCCUCUCUAUGCUGGACUUCAGCUUCUUUAUUCCUUGGGAUACUCUGCUGAGUUGUGUAAACUAAAAUAGACAGAAGUCAUUUGAGGGUUAAACUCUUGAACUCAUUUA